UGUCACAAGAGAAGGAAGUUACCUGUCCAGAAUGGACACCUUCCCCAAGUGUUCCGUCUGUCAGCAGCAGUUUACCCUGAAAGGUCCAGUCCCCUACUUACUGCCUUGUCUACACGCUGUGUGUGAGACGUGUGUGACAUCUGCAGCUGGCGGUGUGAUAUCAUGCUCUACAUGCCAGAGGGAGGUCAACCUCACAGAGACAAGUCUCCAGAAGGAUGCAGUGAGACAGAAGGAGAUAUUCCACCUGACAGUCAAACAUCGUCCAACAGAGCUUCUCUGUACAAAUGAAGAUGAUGGAAACCAGGCUGUGUGUUGGUGUGAGGAGUGUGAAGACUUCCUCUGUGAAUACUGCCAGAACAUGCACAGCAGCGUCAAACGUACCGGAAACCAUCCCGUGCACAAGUUUGGGGAUAUUAUUCCGCAAAAUCUCGAAAAUGAAACAAAUUGCAGUAUUCACAACCGUUAUCCACUAGAUUUGUUUGACAAAAGCUGCAACAUGUCUAUCUGUGGUCGAUGUAGCAGAGGAGAGCACGCGGAUCACGAGGUUGAGGAUCUGGAUGAGGCUGCUGAAGGUGUUAAACAGCGGAUUGAACAACACGGGAAAGAUCUGUCGGCGCUACUGUCUCGUCAGCAAACACACCUUCAGAGUAUCAGACAAGAUACAAAGUUAGCAGACAGUACACAGAACACAUUGAGAGAGACAAUAGGACAUACGUUCCAGUCUUUAAGAUCACAGCUUGACCAAAGGGAGAAGGAACUCUUGAUUGAUCUUGAAAGUCAGACCAGGGAACCCAAAGCAACUCUCCGUGCUCUUCAAACCUCAUGUGAAGAGGAUCAAGCAAAAUGCACCGGGGUUUUAGAUUACAUCAGAAAAAGUGUUGUCUAUGCUUCCAAAUCGUUUCUCUUGCAACUAGAGAGUUCUGUUGAGGGGAUAACUCGGACUUGCCUGGAGACUGCUGCACCUCAAACACACGAUGUACCCACAGCGGCCUUCAACACCAACGGUUUGUCCAAACUGAAAUCAGAUAUGUCUGGAUUUGGUACCAUCACUGCUUUGAAAGAAGAGAUUAUUGACACAGGUGAUGAUAAGCAAACACAGACUGAUGAUGACUAUUUGGCGGACCUGGAACAGAAACACGAAAUGGAGCUUGCAGAACUGAAAUCAAAUAUCGCUUCAGACAAGGAAAGAAUUGAAUUACUACAAGCCCUAAUGGACAAAUUGAAUGAUGAAGCAAACAGCAUGAACAUGACGCUAGCUGAGAAAGACGAAACCUGUAAGAUCGCCUCAGAGACCAUUGGCCGUCUACAUACAUCCUUGAUUGGAUUCCCUACUGACGGCUGUGUUCACCUGAUGAAGACAGGUGUAGCGGACAGAUGCAUGGUCCUGCAUUACUCUUAUGGCUGGUCAGCGACGAGGCAGUAUGUAGAGCUUGAGACAGACACCCAGUAUAACUACCAGUCAUUGCAGGAGGUGGAUGUGAAGAUAAGAUCACAAGCCACAUCCUUCAAUUUCAAAAUCCAGGCUUCAAAUGACGCCCACGUGGCUUUGCUCACCUAUGAUGGCGAAACGGGACAGAACAUGUACGAAAUCGUCCUCGGUGCAUAUGGCAAUACGCGAUCGAUAAUCAGAAACAGCAGACAGGGAACCAACAGGGUCGAAACAUUUCAUUCUCUUCUCAGUUCCACGGAAUUCCGCGACUUCUGGAUCAGUUGGGAAGGAGGUGUGAUAUCAGUGGGCACAGGGACGACUGUUGGCGCAGGACAGUUCAUGACCUGGACGGACCCAGCUCCCUAUGAGGUCAACUAUCUCGCCGUCACAACGGGGUUCGGGUCUUCUGGGUCCUGGCAGUUUGAUUCUGAUGGAGGCAUGUCCAGUGGGGUACCUAUAGCAGGUGUUGCAACAGACAAUGUCUACCAGUACCAGACUGUUACCACCCGUGGCGUCCGCUUGACACGAAAAGGUAACUGUAUUCCGGCCCUCGUGUUCUGGGUACGGGCCUCUAACGACGCCCACAUUGCCUUGGUCGCCAACGACGGCGACACUGACAAUAACAUAUAUGAGAUCGUCAUUGGAGGAUUUGGCAACACAAAGUCUGUCAUCCGAGAAAGUAAGCAGGGCACAAACGAGGCAUUUGCUCUUCACAAGCCUCUCUCUCCAGAUCAGCAUUUACCAUUCUGGAUAAGCUAUGAAGAUGGUCGAGUAGCAGUGGGAUAUGGCAUCACUGUCGGAAGACGGGAGUUCAUGUCGUGGACAGACGCAACACCCAACAAAAUCAGAUACGUCAGCAUCACCACGGGAUUUGGCUCUGAUGGACACUGGCUCUUCUGUAUACAUCUGAAGUAUGACAAAGACAGAGUCAAUCUCGACACAGUCCACAUCAACACAGAAGGAGACCUGGUCAACAGGGAGUCGGACACCAGACCUGCAGGGGAGGGGAGACUGAAGGAGUAUGAUGGCACAUGUAGCACUGCCCCCCUCCCCCGGGCUAGCUGUCCCCAGUACUGGGAGAUGAAGUCGAGGGUCAGUCUUGACGAACCACUCACAGAGGACUGGCUCAUCCUGGAGCUGGGUGUGUGUGGGGAGGAGCAGAGGGACGUGUGGCAUUGUAUCAGUGGACAACCCAGCUCCUGCAGCAUGCAGGUCGCCCACUGUCACUGUACUACACACGGCGGGAUAUGCAGGACGACAUGGAAGGAGGGGAAGUAUGUGCUGUGUCUGCCUGACACUCUCCCCAACACAGCAGGGGCAUCACACACACUACAUUACGGUGUUGUCUAUGAUGACGCCAGGAAGAAGAUUGUCUUCAUUGAUGUGAAGGAGAACAAAGUGAUGUCGACGUUAGACAAUGUAGACUCCAGUCAGCCACUGUGGCCGAUGUUCGGGGUGUAUAUGCCCUCAUUGGGUAAUGUCAGCAUGACACUUGUAGUGGGCAGCGACAUCAACAUGACAGAGGAGAAGAAAGCAAUGAUUGUCAAGGCGCUGUCGUGAUGGUGACAGUGAUUGUCAAGGCGCUGUCGUGAUGGUGACAAUGAUUGUCAAGGCGCUGUCGUGAUGGUGACAAUGAUUGUCAAGGAGC